UAAGGAUUUAAAUGGCGGAUCAGUGUCAAGAUCAAUCAUCGAUUCCAAGUAUUACGGAGACGAACAUAACUGACUCUCACAUUCAAGAAGUUCCAGCUGAGCAGAUUCAUGAAGUUCAUGCUGAGAAGGUCGAGCAGAAUGUAACAAACAUUGAUGAGACAAGCAUAACUGACUCCCAUAUUCAAGAAGUUCGAGCUGAGCAGAUUCAUGAAGUUCAUGCUGACAAGGUCGUGCAGAAUGUUACGAACAUUGAUGAGACAAACAUAACUGACUCUUACAUUCAAGAAGUUCGAGCAGAGCAGAUUCACGAAGUUCAUGCUGAGAAGGUCGUGCAGAAUGUAACAAAUAUUGAUGAGACAAGCAUAACUGACUCCCAUAUUCAAGAAGUUCGAGCUGAGCAGAUUCAUGAAGUUCAUGCUGACAAGGUCGUGCAGAAUGUUACGAACAUUGAUGAGACAAGCAUAACUGACUCCCAUAUUCAAGAAGUUCGAGCUGAGCAAAUUCAUGAAGUUCAUGCUGACAAGGUCGUGCAGAAUGUUACGAACAUUGAUGAGACAAGCAUAACUGACUCCCAUAUUCAAGAAGUUCGAGCUGAGCAAAUUCAUGAAGUUCAUGCUGACAAGGUCGUGCAGAAUGUUACGAACAUUGAUGAGACAAGCAUAACUGACUCCCAUAUUCAAGAAGUUCGAGCUGAGCAGAUUCAUGAAGUUCAUGCUGACAAAGUCGUGCAGAAUGUUACGAACAUUGAUGAGACAAGCAUAACUGACUCCCAUAUUCAAGAAGUUCGAGCUGAGCAGAUUCAUGAAGUUCAUGCUGACAAGGUCGUGCAGAAUGUUACGAACAUUGAUGAGACAAGCAUAACUGACUCCCAUAUUCAAGAAGUUCGAGCUGAGCAGAUUCAUGAGGUUCAUGCUGACAAGGUCGUGCAGAAUGUUACGACCAUUGAUGAGACAAGCAUAACUGACUCCCAUAUUCAAGAAGUUCGAGCUGAGCAGAUUCAUGAAGUUCAUGCUGACAAGGUCGUGCAGAAUGUUACGAACAUUGAUGAGACAAGCAUAACUGACUCCCAUAUUCAAGAAGUUCGAGCUGAACAGAUUCAUGAAGUUCAUGCUGACAAGGUCGUGCAGAAUGUUACGAACAUAGAUGAGACAAGCAUAACUGGCUCCCAUAUUCAAGAAGUUCGAGCUGAGCAGAUUCAUGAGGUUCAUGCUGACAAGGUCGUGCAGAAUGUUACGAACAUUGAUGAGACGAGCAUAACUGACUCUAACAUUCAAAAAGUUCGAGCUGAGAAGAUUCAUGAAGUUCAUGCUGAAAAGGUCGUGCAGAAUGUAACAAAUGAAACAUUCAUCAACAAGCCCAAGGAAGUGUAUGUAAAGCAUAAAGUUGUUAAAAAUGUAUACAUUUUCCAAGCUCAUGACCAACCAUGUUCAAGUCUCUCAUCGCCCACACAGCAAAGGCCGACUGAAGCAGGUGCUCAACCAAAUAAAGCUCCUGACCCUGCAUAUAAAGGAGAUUCAUUGCCCCCUCCAUCAGACCAACCAACUUCAAGUCUCUCAUCACCCGCACAGCAAACGCCGACUGAAUCUGGUGCUCAAGCAAAUACAGCUCAUGACCCUGUAUAUAAAGGUGAUCGCACAUCAUCAGGAGUUCUCGAGAAAGUCUCUCGCAAAAUACAUAAAGGUCCGCGUGUAAAAAAGUUCAUUGAUUAUUUCAACAUGAGGACAUGGAAAGAAACUGAAGUCAAAGUUACAGAAAGCUACAAAGAGCAAGAUCUCAAUGAGCCUGAUUUCGAGGUCCAUCCUAAAUUAAAGAAAGUUCCAAACUUCUAUAGAGGCCAAAUGGCAGCAGAGUACAAAAAAGAAAAGGGAUUUGCUGUAACGGAGGGAUCUGAAGAACUUGGUCAGUUGAUCACUAUUAAAAAACUUAGCGAACAGCUUAGUGAUGAAAGCAGCAAUUACAUUGCAAUCACUGGUCAAGCUGGAAGUGGCAAAACGACAAUUAUGAAACGCGUGUCUCGAAGCGUUGUUGUUGCAAAUGAAUUGGUGAAGAAAGCUAGAAAAGCAAGAGGAACAUUCAAUCGAUUGUUCCGCAAGAAAAAACGUCAAUUUAGAUUUGUUCAUCACUUUGGUUUUAAAGAUAUGCCGGUUUCCAAUGCUACAAGACCAGAAGAAGCACUGAGCCCCUGCGAUUUGCUUUUUGGGAAGAUUGCACCUGGGUUUAAAAAUCUAGAGGUAGAAGAAGGAUAUGAAUGGGUUAUUGAGCAUGAUUACGAGUGUAUUUUCUUUUUUGAUGGUUUAGAUCAAGCUAUGUGGGAUCUUCAUGAAAACCAUAACAAGAUGAAUUAUUUUGACAAGUCAAGUACCGCUACAAUUAUGUACAAUAUUUUAACAAAAAAUCUUUUCCCCAGAGCAAAAAUUGUUAUUUCAUCACGUGAACACAAAAUUGCAUCCUUGCCUUUGGAAUUACGGCCGCCAUUCAUAAUCGCCCUCGCUGGUCUAGAUCCUGAAGACAUCAAAAAGUUAUUCAUCUCAGUUUUAGAUGAGACAGGUGAAGAAUCCUGGAAUAAGUUAACAGUUCAAUCCCCAUCACUCAUCCAGUUCUCGAGCGUACCAUUAUUCUUGCUUCUUAAUGCGAUAGUGCACAAGUUCAACCCUGCAAAUCCACCCGAUACGAUGACAGAUGUAAUGAUACAAAUACUCCAUAUUUUUAUGCGAUCCGAUCAUGCUCAGGAAAGAGGAAACAUAAAGAAAAAUAUUCAUAAAUUAAUGGAAAUGUCCUUCGAAGGCACAAAAGAAAAGCGAGUAAUUUUUACUAUCGAUGAUCUCAAAAAGGUAGGUCUUCAUUCAGACGAGAUCCGCGAUCUUAUCAUAAAAGUGCCGGGACAUACCAUGCUAAGUCAACAUCUCAUGGAAGGCGACAAUUUGAUGUUCUUCAGUCACCAAAUCCUUCAAGAAACUCUAGCCAGUCUAUUCAUCGCCAACAUGGAUCUUGCCACUUUCCAAUCAUUUAUCACUGAAGAGAUUCACAAUGAUCACUGGUCUGUUGUUCUGCGUCUCCUGUGUGGAAUUAUUUUCAAUCAAGAUAUCAAAACUGAAUUCCUGAAAGAUCUUACAACUGUGAUCGACCGAGAAGAGAAGAAAGAAUUACUUAGAGAAAGCCUCAAGAAUAAAUUGAGUCAAUGUACGAGAUCCUAUCAAAAGUUGGAGUUGUUCGGUGCCUUGUAUGAGGCCAAUGAUGCCGAACUCAUUCAAUCCCAUGUGCGAGAAAUCAACUUCGAAAAUGAGUCUUUCAAUGCUGCGGGAAUGUACGCAAUGUCAUCGGUUAUGCGACGUUGUGGUCACCUUGAGCAGUUUCAUCUUGUUAAAUGUGACCUCAAUGCCGAGUUGAUGAAAUGCUUGGAGUUGAAUUUGAAAGGGUCUGGAGUGAAGGUAUCUAAGAUAGAUAUCAGUGACAAUCAAAUGAAUGAAGAAGCUUUCAAAAGUCUUGGUUCUGCUUUGGCAAGUAUUGAUGGAAAUGAAAUGGAACUCAAACUUCAAAUGUGCGAACUCACCAAAGAGAAAAUUGAUGCACUGGGAAGGAAUUCGGGAUUAAAGAUUCACACUCUCGAUGUUCGAAACAACUCCGAGAUCACAUCCGAUUUAUUUCUUGCAAUUGCUAAAGUUGCAACUCGAAGUGAAGUCAAGAAUCUUCUGACAGAUCCAUGUGAAGUGUUACAUCUAACUACAGAUCAGCUGAUGGAAUUGAGCAAAUGGAAAACUUGUGGAAAGAUUCACACUCUCGAUGUUCGAAACAACUCCGAGAUCACAUCCGAUUUAUUUCUUGCAAUUGCUAAAGUUGCAACUCGAAGUGAAGUCAAGAAUCUUCUGACAGAUCCAUGUGAAGUGUUACAUCUAACUACAGAUCAGCUGAUGGAAUUGAGCAAAUGGAAAACUUGUGGAAAGAUUCACACUCUCGAUGUUCGAAACAACUCAAAGAUUACUUCCGAUCUAUUUCUUGCAAUCGCUAAAGUUGCAACUCGAAGUGAAGUCGAGAAUCUUCUGACAGAUCCAUGUGAAGAAUUACAUCUAAAUUCAGAGCAGCUGAUGGAAUUGGGCAAAUGGAAAACUUGUGGAAAGUUGGAUAAACUAGUUGUCAAUGAAAACAAGGAUCUUGGCACUGCUGGUUGGAGUGAAGUUGGAUUAGUUGUUACACAAUGUCAGGUGAAGGCAUUGGAGGCUAGGUAUUGCAAUCUAACGGCAGAAGGAAUGAAAGCAUUUAAGGAAAACACUCGCAAUGCAAAGUUGGAUUUACUAGAUAUCAGUGGAAACGAGUUUCUUGGCACUGCUGGUUGGGGUGAAGUUGGAUUAGUUGUUACACAAUGUCAGGUGAAGACAUUGGUGGCUCGGUUUUGCAAUCUGACAGCAGAAGGAAUGGAAGCAUUAAAGGAAAACACUCGCAAUGCAAAGUUGGAUAAACUAGAUGUCCGUGGCAACAGGAACCUUCGCACUGCUGGUUGGGGUGAAGUUGGAUUAGUUGUUACACAAUGUCAGGUGAAGGCAUUAGAGGCUCGGUAUUGCAAUCUGACAGCAGAAGGAUUGGAAGCAUUCAAGGAAAACACUCGCAAUGCAAGGAUUGAAUUCUUGGAUCUGAGUGGGAACCAAGUAAGCAAAUUCGGAAAUGAAGGAUUAUUUACAAUCAGUGAAAUUGUUCUUCAAUGUCAGGUUGAAACAUUGCAUAUGCGGAUAUGCGGCUUCAAUGAGGAUCUGUUGAAAAGGUUCAAAGCAUUGAUUGCUGAUACCGGGGUUGAGUUCGCAAGCAACUAG